AUGCGAUCUGUCGUCUGUGUAAUUCUUCUAUUCCUGUGCUUAUUCGUUCAAAAUUCUUCGACUGCGUAUCUUCUUUGUACAUCAAAAUGUUCUCAAAUCACUGUUCCAUUUCUCGAACCAUUUAAUAUACCUAUCGAAUGUCAAGAUAAUAAUAAUCUUACCGAUAUUUAUGAUUAUGGUGCCAUUUGUAUAAUUGAUUAUCGUAUUGAUAACGACUCAAACAACAUUUAUAUCAAUUUUAAAGCUAAUAAUGAUACCUUUAUUUUUGAAGCACAUAAUCAAUCUGAAUUUCUUAUUCAAACAAUGUGGUUAGGUUUUAGUCAAAAUUCCGGACAACCAAAUAUAACUCAUCGUAGAUAUGGAUGUAGUACACAAAAUGAUUGUGCACGUCAAUUUUAUUUCAAUACUAUUGGACAUUUAAUUACCAAAGGUCAAUUACAAAUAGAUAAAAUUAAGUCAAAAUUAUAUAGACAAUCUUUAUCAAAAAAGAAAAUUUCACUUCGUCGUUGCAAAAAUAGUAAUACAACAAGUAACAGAUCAUCAGUACGGUGUCCAGAUGGCUUAUGUUAUAUAAAUAAUAUGAAUGGAAAACAGUAUUGUACUUCUGAUAAUACUCCAACAUUUUUUAGUGAAUUUGAAUCAUAUUUACCAAAACCAAUAGCAAAUGAUAUCGAAUCAAUUGAAUAUAAAUGUAAUCGACAUUUAUGUAAUAGCAAUGAAAUGAUUGAAAUAAUUAAAAAUAUUCUUCGUCAUUAUACAAAUUGGAAUAAUAUUAAUAAUGAAGAAGAUAAAAUAGAAGAAGAUAAAAUAGAAGAAAAUAAAAUAGAAAACGAUCAAAUAGAAGAAAAUAAAAUUGAAGAAAACCAAACAGAAGCAAAUAAAAUAGAAGAAAAAUCAUCAACAGCAUGUCAAAUUCUAUCUAAUGUUAUAAUUAUUUUAUCUUUAAUUAAUCUUCGACUUUUAUUUUAA